GCUAGACGCACUUGGGACCAUUCGGCCCCAGGCGGGGACCCUCAACCUGCCGCUGACCGUUGUGCUCCGGCCCCCCGCGCCCCCUCCCCCGUCCGGUAACGACACUAACGGUCCGUCCGUCCCGACCUCCGACCCCACGGGGACCCCUCUCCCCGUGUCCAGCCUCAGCCCCGCCGGGGCGAAGAUGGUUCAAGGACAGCUUCAGGAGCGGGGUUAGCGGUGACUUUGGUCGGUGCGGAGCUGGUUGAGGACUGGAAAGGGAGGAGCGUUAGGCCCGGGGAGGCUUUCCCUCGGACCCCAGAGUCUGAGCCUCCACAAGUCGCCAACCAUGACCUGCCCCCCGUCCUCUCCACGAUCCUCCACCCCCCAGUCCGAGCAGCCUCUUGGGCCAGACAAGCAUCCAGAUCAUAAUUGGCAGCUGGGGACAGAGCUGUGGGCUUGGAGCGUGCGGCAGCAGCUGGAUACCCAACUCCGGGCCCGGGGCCAGGCGCCGCCCCGGACGGUUGAGCUGCUGCUGUCCGAGCUGCAGGCCACGUUGGCUGCGGUGCUGGAGGACGGUCGGCCCGGCUCCUGGCUCUACCUGAAAGAAGUGCUGCGGCUCCUGCCCCCUUACCGCAAACUGCUGCAGGGGCGCCCGGAGCUGCUGCCCCUUCUGGAGCAGGUGUACCGCCGGGCCCCCCUGGCCGACGAUGACCUGUGGGAGGCCCUGAUCCAAGCCUUGCCUCCUGACACCUCCCUGCUGGAGAAAUCCACGCACAGUUGUUGCCGGAAGAGGAGCGAGCCCUUAAGCGGAGGCGCCCAACCUCAUGGAGAUCCAGGCUCAGCAGCCCCCUGGGAGCGGCUCUGCCCGUUCAUCUGGGUUGGAUGUGAGGAGAAAUCGGAGGAAAGUCAACUGCAGCCAGAACCCAUGACUCUGUCUGAGCUGCAGUACUGCUUGGGCGUGGUGGGAGCCGAAGUGGUGGAGAGCGAGGGGCAUUGGAGGGCCGGUUUGGGCCUCUUGCCCCUGGCCUUAGCGAUCGACAUCCCCCUGAAGCCUAGCAGUGAGGAGGAGCCCACCCCGGCCUGGGCUGGGACCAGGUCACAGUGGACUAAGUUACCAGACAGCAGCUUGCCAGAGACCCAAGAGGAAGGGCACCGUCCCCGGACACUAGAGCACUCCCAGUUGGGAAGCCAAGUGGCCGCCAUCCUACGGAGACACCGAUUCCUGAGUUACAGCCACUUUUUCUAUCUCAACGUGGCCUCCAGCAGACACUUCAGGCCGUACAGCCUCAAGGUGGUGGCCCGAAACAAGGUGAACCCCGAACACUACAUCUUCUCCCCAUUUGGGGUCCUGCACGUGCAUCCCGUGGAGGGCAGCGAGGCCCUGACCCUGGGCACCUGGCACCGGGAGACCGUACUCUGGCAACUGCUCCAGCACAUCCCCUUCUUCAGACACUGCCUCUUGCGCCGGAGUUUCACCUGGUGGAAGAAGAACGUGAAGGCCCAGCUCCUCCAGAAGACGCGGGCGGUGCUGGGAGCUGAACUGCUCUGUACCGUUCCACACUUUGGAGCCGGCCUGCUGCAUAUCAACAGACUGCUGCAGGAGCUACAUUUGGUAUUCUGGCUGCCCCAGGACCGGGCCACCUGCUACACUUUAGCCGAACUGCAGCGCGCGUUGGCCAGGGAGACCCACCGGGCCCAGCAGCUGCUCCGCAGGUUCCUGACACUCUGCACCACCAUCCUUAACCUGGUGCACGAGGACACAUACCAGAUGCUGCAGGGCCUGCAGGCACGUCUUCAGAGCUGCCAGCGCCUGCAGGUGGACGGCUUCCUGUCCCAGCGGCGCAUCCAGUGCCGAAGACUGGAGGGCAAGCUGCAACUGGCUGAGCUGUGGUGGCAGCGGCUAGGCCGGCUGGGCCGCCUGGUGGACUUCAUGGCUUGCCAGAACCUCAUCACUAUCCUGCAGGAUCAGAUCAGCACGUUCGUGCGCGGCAUUCUCCUGGAGCCACAAGGUGAGGCGUUGCUGUGGACCCAGCUGGUGUUUGAGACAGACAGCCGCUUGGCCCUGCUUCCCCGGGCAGAACUGCUUCUAGAGACCCUAGACUGCGGCCUGCAGAACGUGUUGGCUGUGGCCGUGAGGGUGAUGCAAGCUGACGAGCAGGGGACCAGUCCUGGCUUUGGCCCCAAACUCCGUGAGCCCACCACCGACCAGGCUGCCUCUGAGCCUCCAGCUUCUCUUGGCCUGGAGAAUGAUGGGGAGAAGAAAGAGGAGGCGCUUGACCUUUUGACGCCAGUAGACCGAGGCCAACCCAGCGAGGCCGUGCGCCUCUUCUGCGGUCCAGAGAUGGACCUGAUUAAGAAGUCGGCGGGCAAGUCUGGCCAGGGGCUGGGGCUGCGUGGACAAAGGCUCCGCGGCCAGUACGCUCCCCCAGCCCGGGCCCACCUGCGACAGGGUCUGGACACCAACCCUGGCAUCCAGAGCGCCCUGGCCAUCCAGAAGGCCCUCUUCCAGAGCACUCUACAGGAGGUGUACACGUUCUACAAAGACUACCAGUGGCUGACAGAGAUCCAUAGCUUCGUGCAGAGCUGGAGCGCCAAGCAACUGGAAGACAUGCGGGGCUGGCCGGCCAAGCGUUACCUGCACCUCCUCCAGCAGCUGAGCGCCUGGCGCGAGCAGGUGGCCCAGAUGCCGCCCGUGCUGCUGACCCAGGGCCGCCUGCUGCGGGUAGAUUGCCUCUGUCUGCGAGAUAUCGGGCCCCAGCUGCUGACCAUCACCCAGGCCAUCCAGAGACUGCUGGUACGUGACAGCAUGGAGCGGAGCGAGCGGCUGAUCGGGGAGCUGACCGGCCUGGUGCAACUUUUCCAGAGCGUGGACUCAGACGUUCUCACCAUCGCCCGCUGUUCCCAGAAGCUGGAGCAAGCCAAGAUGCAGAGCGCCGAGCUGGAGGAGCAGGUGGACUACGUACGCUCGCUCAACGAACUCUGCCGCAGCUGCUUCAACCUGUUCGGCCCAGAGGAGGAGACCAUGGAGACUAACAUGCUGGACCUGUGGGAAGCCUUUCUGUUUGAGCGGGACCAGGCUUCAGAAUUCCUCCUCAGCCGGCGCCACUCCAUCGUGCUCAAGCUGCUGGAACAAAUGACCACCGCCAUGGCGGAACUGGAGGCCCUGAUCCACAGAGCCACGACCGGGCCCUUCCUGGACCCCACGCAGGAUCCUCGGAACAUCGAGAGGGAGCUCAUCGGUCUGGACCGCCAGUUCCACGACAUAGUUAGCCGGCUGCUGGAGCUGCACCAAGCCUACACCAUCUUCACCGGGGAGAAGCGGCCCUCCCUGGUGCCAGCUCGUGGGGCCCGGCCCAUCCAGCUGCAGCUGCGCAUCUGGCACCUGUUCCGUGUGGCCUCCGAGCAAAUCAGCGAAUGGAAGUGCCAGGCCUUCGUCAAGUUCAACGUCGGCAAGGCCCUGGAAAAGACAGAAGGCUGGCUCACGGGGGCUUCCCAUCUGGAAGUGGAGCUGGGGAUGCCCAGCCCGGUGCUGCACGCCUGCAGGAAGCUGGUGGAGGGGCUGCAUAGCAUCCUGCCCCUCUUGGCCAAACUGCGGACCUUCCCUCUGCAAGGACCAGGCUGGCAGGCUGUCUUUCGAGCCAUGGAAGUGAGCUGCCCCAGUAACGUGGAGCUCCUGACCCUGGCCCAACUGCUCUCUUACCCACUGCUGGAGUUCCGUGACCACAUUCACGAAAUCUGGUUGAGCGAGACCGGGCACAGCCAAGCCCAAGAGAUGCUGCUCCGGCUGCAGCGGGCCUGGCAGGAACACAAGCUGCGCCUGGUCAACCUGAUUCUGCGGGUGCCCUACGAGGCCCCCCAGACCGACCGCACCAAGCGCCACCUGCCCCCCCGCACCCAUGGGCCCCAGUGGGACACGGUCACCAAGGACAGUGGCACCUUCAUCCUGGCUGACCAAGGUCACCUGAAGGAGCUGAUCCAGGAGGGCCUGCAGAUGCUGCAGAAGAUCUCGCUGUCGCCUUAUGGAGGGGAGAGCAGGGAGCAGGCCCGUAAGUGGGCAGCCAUGCUCCAGGGCCUCAGGACCCUGCUGGACGUGUGGGUGCGGUGUCAGCAGAAGUGGGUUUUCCUGAACAAGGUCCUGUACGAAAUGAAGAUCGACUUUCCCAGUCCCGAGCUGCGCUUGCAGUUCCAGACGGUGGACGACCAGCUGCGGACCCUGAUGCGGGUCUCGGUGGCCGAUCCCCUGGUGCUGUCCUGCGUCCUGCCCGGCGUCCGGCGGGACCCGCAGUACCAGGGGGAGCAGCUGCGCCUGCUGCUGGUGAGCGGGGCGGAGAAGCUGGAGGGCAUCGUGGGGGCCCUGGAGGCCGUCCUGGAGCGGGCCCGGUCCCGCUUCCCUCGCCUGUUCUUCCUGAGCGACGACGAGCUGGUGGCCCUCAUGGCGGCCCCGGCGGAGCCGGCCGAGGCGGAGGCCUGGGCCCGGCGCUGCUUCCCCCAGGUCCUGGCCGUGGUCUUCGAGACCAGCCCGGCCGAGGCGGAGGAGAGGGGCGGGGGCGGGGAAGGGGAGGGUGCGGGCGUGGAGGCCCGGCUGGUGCGGGGCCCCUGCGGGGAGGAGCUGGCGCUGCGGGCCUCCCUGCCCCUGCCCCAGGACCUGACCCAGUGGCUGGCCCGCCUGGAGCUGUGGCUGCGGGCCACCCUGGUGCACGCGCUGCAGGAGGGCGUGGCGGCCCGGACGGCCCUGCGGCAGCCCCUGGACCGGGCCUUCGAGCAGCCGCCGCCGCCCGGCCAGGUGCCCCUGCACCUGCACUCGCAGCACUGGCUGCAGCUGGCGGCCGCCUUCCCCUGGCAGUGCGUGCUGGUGGCCGAGGAGGUGGCGUGGCGGGCCGAGGCGGAGGACCACCUGCUGGCCGGCGGCCCCGGGGCCGUGAGCCGGCUGCUCCAGAAGCAGGCGCGCAAGCUGGAGGCCCUGGUUCACUUCAUCCGCAGCCAGCACGAGCACCGGGGCGGCCGGCCGGGCCUCUGCCCCCGGCUGGCCAGCCUGCUGGCGGCCCUGGUGGCCAUGGCCGUGGGGCACCGGGACGCCCUGGGGGUCCUGCAGGACCAGCAGGUCGGCGGCCCGCGGGACUUCGACUGGGCCCGGCUGCCCAAGUACCACCUGGACCCGGCCCCCCGCAAGGCGUGCCCCUCCCAGGGGGCGCCGCCCUCCCCCCCGGCCGCCUGCUGGGUGGAGGUCCUGGGCACCCAGUGGCACUACGACUACGAGUACCUGGGCCCGCGGGCCCAGGGCCUGGCCACCACCCUGCUGGACCGGGAGGCCCUGGGGCUCUGGCUGGCCCUCCGGCAGGAGGUGGUGGGGGCGGUGCUGGGCCCCACGGGCACGGGCAAGGGCACGGCCGUCAAGGCCCUGGCGCGGGCCCUGGGCCGCCACCUGGUCACCCUGCCCUGCUCGGCCCAGACCGGGCCCACCUGCCUGCGCUCCUACCUGAGCGGGGCCCUGCAGUCCGGCUCUUGGCUACUGCUGCGGGACGCCGGACGCCUGGCCCCGGGGCUGCUCUCGGGGCUGGGCCAGCGGCUGACGGCGGUCCGGCGGCUCCUGUCCGGCCUGGACCGGGGGCCCGGCCCGCCCAGGGACCCGGCCCAGCCCCUCGUCCUGGGCUCCGGCUUGCUGGACGAGCGGCGGGUGCAGGUCCGGGCCGGCUACGGCUGCUUCCUGACCCUGCGGCGGCUGGGCCCCGCCGUGCCGGCCAACCUGCGCCUGGUCUUGCGCCCGUUGGCCCUGGCCCCGCCGGACCCGCGCCGGGUGGCCGAGGUGCUGCUCCUGGGGGCCGGGCUGCGCGAGGCCCGGACGCUGGCCGCCCACCUGGCCGCCUUCCUGGCCCUGGAGCGGGACCUGGGCGCCGCGCCGCCGCCCUGCCGCCUGGCCCUGCUGCUCCGGGUGCUGGAGGUGAUUCUGCAGGCCCCCCGGGUCCCGCCCGCCGAGCCCGGCCUCCCGCCGCCGGCCCCGUCCGGCCCGGGGGCGGCCGUGGAGGCCGUCGUCGCCGAGGCCCUGCUCCGGUCCCCGCUCUUCGCGGGGCCCGACGGCCCGCGCCUGCGGCUGGAGCGGGCCCUGGCCUCGGAGCUGGGCGAGGCCGGCCUGCACCCCCACCCCGACCUCCUGGUCCCCAUGGAGCAGCUGAGCCGGGCCUUGGGCCGGGCGACGGGCGUCCUCCUGCUGGGCCCCCCGGGCAGCGGUAAGACCACGUGCUGGCGCGUCCUGGCCAAGGCCCAGAACCGGCUGGUGGCCCGGGAAGGGCCCGGGCGCUUCCGGCCCGUGGAGGUGGCCUGCCUGUACCCCGGCAGCCUGGCGCCGCGAGAGUUCCUGGGCUGGUGGGACGGGCUCAGCUGGCGGGACGGGGUCUUCCCGCGGCACCUGCGCGGGGCGGCGGCCACCGCGCUGCCGGGGCCGGCCGCCAGGACCCAGCACUGGCUGGUGUGCGACGGGGCGGCCCACUCCAGCUGGCUGGACCCCAUCGCCUCCCUGCUGGGCCAGCCCCCGCAGCUCAGCCUGCCCAGUGGCCAGCAGCUCCCGGCCCCCCCGGACACCUGGCUCCUGCUGGAGCUGGCCGAGGCGGCCGAGGUGUCCCCCGCCGUGACGGCCGGCUGCGGCCUGGUGUGGUGCGGGGGCCAGCAGACCUGGCGGGCGCUGCUGGGGGCCCUGAUGGCCGCGCUGCCCCAGCAGUACGACCUGGCCCCCGCCACCCUGGCCGCCCUGUCCUGCCUGGCCGACGAACUGGUGCCCUCCGUCCUGCGCUUCUCGGCCCAGCACGGGGGCUGCCUGCUGCGGACCCACGCGCAGCCUCAGCCGGCCCCCGGCGUGACCGAGGUUGGCACCCUGGCCCGGAUCUUCCGAGCCCUGCUCGACCCCCAUCUGCGCCUCAAGGAGGAAGUCAGGAGCCAGAGGGCAGGCCUAGGUUGCCACUCGGCCCAGGCCUCGACAUCUCAGCCGGAGAACCUCAACACGGACGGCUCGGCGCGGAACGGGCCCGAGGCCCAGGGCCGAGAUCGCCCCCACCCACUGGCCCUCAGCUGUUUCGUCUUUGCGUUCAUCUGGGGGUUCGGGGCCCACCUGCCCUCCAGGGUGUGGCCCCUCUACGACAGCUUCAUCCGCUCCACGGUGGCCCACCACCCCUUCUGCCCGAAGCUGCCGUCCACCGACUCCGUUUUCGACCUCUACCCCUGCCCGGAGAGCGGGACCCUGGUGGCCUUCGCGGGCACCUACCUGAGCUGCCGCAUGAAGGCGUCCCCGGGGGGGUACGGCCCCCUCCCGCAGAAGGCGGAGCGGAUUCUGUUCGUGACGGACCUGCUCCUGGAGGCCGGGCAGCCCGUGAUGCUGGCCGGGGAGACGGCCUGCGGGAAAUCCACCUUCCUGGAGACCCUGGUGGAGCCCCACUACCUGUGCCAACACGUGCCCGUCUCCCCGGCCCUCGGCCUGGCCCAUCUGCGUCGCCUGCUGAUCCAGGGCGCCCAGGGCCUCGUCUCCUCCCGGAAGGCCCCGGGCCAGACGCUGCAGCCGCCCCCAGAGGGCAAGAACCCGCCCCUCUUCCUGCUGGAGGACCUGCACGCCGCGGCCACCGAUCCGGAGCGGAACUGCCAGCCGGUGCUGGAGACGCUGCGCCAGGCACUGUCGAAGCACAAAUGCUACAGCGGCGAGUCCCUGGAGGCCCAGCCGCUGCCGGCCGCCAACUACCUGGGCACCGCCACGGUGGCCGCCGCCCCCGGCCGGGCCCUGUGCCCGCGGCUCGGCCGCCUGUUCGCGGUGCUGGCCCUGCCCGACCCGACGCGGGCGGCGCUGCUGGCCCUGCACGGCCCCCGGCUGCUGAACUGGCUGGCACGCUUCCCCGUCCUGGAGCGGGCGGCGCAGAUCUCCGAGGCCCUGCUGACCGCCAGCCUGGACGCCUGGGAGGCCGUGCGGCGCCGCUUCCCGCCCUCGCCCCGUCGCCCGCACUACCGCUUCUCCGCCCACGAGCUGGCCAAGCUGCUGGCCGGCCUGGAGCUGCUGCCGCCCCGGGCCCGGCGCUCGUCCCUGGGCCCGGAGGGGGAGGUGGAGACGCUGCGACGGCUCCUGGCCGGGCUGCGGGGCCCCCAGCGCACGGCCCUGCUGGGCACCCGCACCCUGGCACGCCUCUGGCUGCACGAGGCCCAGCGCACCUUCCGGGACCGGCUGCUCACCGGCGCCGAGCGCGCCCGCUGCACCAGGCUGCUGGUCCGGGCCCUCAGCCGGGCCCUGCUGCUGGCCAAGGGGCCCGCGGCCGGACCCAGCAAGGAGGGAGCGGCCCGGUCGCAGGACGAGGACGAGGACGACGACGACGAGGAGGAGGACGAGGAGGAGGAGGACGAGGAGGUGUCCGAGGUGGAGUCGGAGGGGGAACUGGACCUGUGGGAGGCGGAUUUCGAGGCCGAUCUCGAGGCCGACAGCGACGCGGACCCCGCCGAGGGCUCGGAGGACCUGCGGGCUCCGCUCUCCGCCUGGGCCCCCGACUGCCCGCCCCCACCCGGGCCCGGGGCGCAGCUCAAGAGCCACGAGGACCCGGGGGAAGGCAGGAGGCCGGAGGCGGACAAGGCCAGAGAACCCAACCGAGACAGGGCCCGGAAGGCGGGGCGGGACAGGGGCCGGAGGGUGGACGUGGAGGGAGAGGUGGUGGGCCUCGGGCCCCGGGGCGUCGAGCCCUCCCUGAGCGUGAGCUCCAGGCUCCUGAGCAGGGCGUCCAGGAUCCGGCGAUCGAGGAUCUCCCGCCAGAGCAGCGCCGUGCAGCCGUCGUUCUCCCAGAUCCUGCUGCCGCUCCUGCCCUCGGCGGAGCAGGCCCAGGACCUGCUGUUCUGCCAGGAUCUGGUGGGCUCGGCCCCGCUGGCCGAGGACCCGGGCCCCUACCGGGAGCAGAGCUGGGAGGCCCUGGAGGCGCAGCUGGAGGCGGCCGUGCGGGAGCCGGGGCCCGGGGACCGCCUCGUGCUGUGCCGCCCCUUCGCCCGCCACGUGGCCUCCCUGGCCCGCACCCUGGCCGGGCCCCGGCGGCACGGCCUGCUGCUGUCCGCCGGCCCGGGCGCCGGGCGCCGCGCCGCCUUGGGCCUGGCUGCCCGCCUCUGCCGGGCGCGGCUCUUCCGGCUGCCCACGGGCCCCGAGGCGCCCGCCGGCCCCUGCCUCCGGGAGGCCUGCCGGCACGCCGGCGUCCUCAACCAGCCGGUGGCCCUGCUGGUGCCCGAGGCGGUGGGCGAGGCCACCCUGCACGAGCUCCUGGCCCUGGCGGCCGCGGGCAGCUACCCCGGCCAGUAUUCCGAGGACGAGCUGGCCGACAUCGCCGCCCGGAUGCCCGAAGAGAGCUUCAGGGUCAAGCGCAACAUCAAGCGGGAGAUGAUCCUGCAGAGGUUCUACCAGCUGGUGAGCAGAAACCUGCACCUGUUCGUCCUGCUUCCCGUUCAGCCGGAGCCCCCCCCGCACCCUUUCCUACUCACGGUCCUCCUCAACCUCGCCUCCUCCGUGGAUUUCUACGAGCCCUGGGACCAGUCCUCCCUGCUGUCGGUGGCCAGCCGACACCUCCGGGACGCUCUGAGCUCUCCCCACAGUGUUGGUGAGGUGCCCCGACCCGGGGCCUUGGGCACCUUUCUGACCUCGGGCCGCCCCGUCGGGCUCGGGGCCUCGCCGCUUCCCUUCCCCGGCCCAUCUCCCGCCCAACUGCCCCGCCUCCGGCCCCGGCCCCAGGAGUUCCUGGCCGCCCACUCGGAGUCCGUGGCCAACAUGGCCCGCGCUGUGGCCCUCGUGCACCAGUCAGCCGCCAGCUACUGUGCAGCUCUGAGCCCGCAGCUGCCCCUGGCCACCCCCACCGCCUUCCUGGACUUCCUGGACACCUUCUUAGUGCUGGGGGAAGACCUUCAGCAGAAGACCCACAGCGAGGCCCAACGCACCCAGAUGGUCCUGGAGAAGCUGAGCAAAGUGCUGGGCCAAACCCUGAUCCAGGGCCACUACAUUCGAAGUCUGAGACAGCAACUGAGCGAGGCCCAAAAGCCUGUUCCGUGCCGCCGCCAGAACGUGCAGAGGUGUCAGGAGCUCCUGGCCCAAGACCUGGCCCUGCACGAGCAGCAGCUGAAGGAAUGCCGGUUCAAGGAGGUGCUGAUCAACGACCUGUCCAAGCAGCACGACGUACUGCAGCAGCAGCAGGACCGCCUGCAGGAGCAGGUGGCCACCGUUUACCUGAGGGCCACGGCCAAGCUGCAAGAGGCCCACGUGGAGGAGCUGCGCAGCUACCGGGCUCCCCCGGCUCCCGUGGUCACGGUGACCGACGCCCUCUGCACCCUGUUCGGGUGCCAGACGGGCUGGGAGAGUGCCAGGCAACUCCUGUGCCGGGACAACUUCUACCAGGAGCUGCUCUUCUUCCCCAAGGAGGAGCUGGAGGCGGCCCGCGCCGAGGCCCUGCUGCACGCGCUGGAGGCCCCGGGCUGGGACGAGGCGGCCCUGCGCAGGGUCAGCCUGGCGGCCGCGGCCCUCGCGACCUGGCUCCGGGCCGUCCAGCGGUACGGGGCCGUGACCCGUCGGGGGCAGCUGACCAGAGAGCAGCUGGUCAAGGUGAAGGCCCAGCUCCUGCGGGAACAGGCCUGGCUGGGCCGGUGCCACCUGCGGGCACAGGAGCUGCAAGAGCGCAACUACAGUCUCAGCCUCCAGCUGCAGGAGGCCCAGGAUGCCAAGAACAAGCUGGACGCCCUGCUGGCCCGGGCCCUUCAGGGCCACCGCCAGGCCUGCCACCUGGGACGGGUGAUCGCCGGGCCCCUGAAAACCUGGACCGCCACCGCCCAGGAGCUGGAGAGACACUGCCUCACGGUUCCGGGGGACGCCCUGGUCUGCGCGGCCGCCGUCUGCUACCUGGGCCCCUUCCCGCCCGCCCGGCGCCAGGAGCUGCUGGACAAGUGGCUGGCGCUGUGUGGGGGCCGAGAGGACCGGCUGGAGCCGGACGACCUGGGGCUGGAGCUGGAGCGGGCGCUGGGCUCCCCGCCGGCCCCCGCCUCGCCCCUGCUGCCCACCCGCACCACCUUCAGCCUGCCGGCGGUGCUGAGCUCCGAGGUGGAGCAGCGCAUCUGGGACCGCAGCCUGAAGCCCCAGGACCCCUACGCCCGGACCACGGCCCUGCUGCUGCGCAGCCACGCCCGCAGCUGCCCCCGCCGCUGGCCCCUGCUGCUGGACCCUAACCAACAGGCCAACACCUGGCUCCUGCCCCUGCCGCCGCCGAGGCCCGAAUGGAGCCUGGAGGACCCGAAACCCGGAGAGGAGGAAGACCAGCCCGCCCAGGAGGCCCCCAAGUCGGACGAGGCCUCUCUGACCUCCUUCCCGCUGCUGACCGAGCUGCAGGUCUUCUCGGCCCUGGAUCCGGACCUGGGGUCCCAGCUCCUGGAGGCGGCACAGGGCGGCCACUCGGUCCUGCUGACCAACCUGGAGGUGGCAGACCGUGCCCGGAGCUGCAGUGGCUGCUGCGGCGGGACCAGCUGGGCCCCGCAGGUGCAGCGGCCUUUGCUGGAUCUGCCCACGCUGAAGAGACUGACCGUGCUGGACCCUGGGCUGAGCUGCGGGGGGCUGGAGGAAAGUUUGCUGCAGAAGGUGCUGGUCUGCAAGCGGCCGGAGCUGGACAUCCACUGGCGGACCCUGCAGCUCAGCAUCCUGGACGCCCAAGAGCGGCUCGAGGCCGGGCAGGAGGAGCUGCUGAACCUGGCGUGGCAAACUCAGGAGGACCAGCUGAGCCAGGAAGCGUUCCUGGAGCAUAUCGCUCAGUGCCAGGGCCACCUGGGCCAGCUGAGCGCUCACCUGGAGCACCUGCGGGAGCUGCAGGCGCAGGAGGCAGAGCUGUACACGCAAUACCAGCAGGUGGCCCGGGUCGGGGGGGCCCUGGCCCAGGCCCUGGCCCAGCUGGAGCGGCUGCACCCACUCUACGCCUUCCCGCCGGCUCACUGCCUGGAGCUGCUCUGCAAGGCCCUGCUCGCCCUCCGGCACCAAAGCCCCGAGCCCGGCCAGGACCUGGCCAGUCACCUGCUGGAGCUGGGCGCCGGCCUGGCCCGCCAACUGCUGAGCAGCGCUCUGGCCAACCUGCGCCCUCCCGACGCGCCGCUCCUGGGGGCCCUGGGGGCCCUGGCCCUGCUGAGGCUGGACGGCCAGGUCCCCGCCCUCGAGUGGCUGGCGCUGUGCCCGGGGCUGGGGGCCGUGAGGGCGCCGGGGCCGGGGAGGAGGGCCUCGGGUAAGGGGCUGGCCCGGCCCGGCUGGCUGAGCGCCCGCGCGUGGCGCGAGUGCGGGCUCCUGGAGCUGCUGAAGCCCUUCCGAGGCCUGCGGGCCUCCCUGGCCGGGCGCCCGGACGCUUGGCGGGAGUACCUGGCGCUGCGCUCCACGGUCCUGGGUCCCACGCCGGACCUCGGGCCCCUCAGCCUCCUCCAGAAGCUGAUCCUGUGGCGGGUGCUGCGGCCCAAGAAGUUGGCCCUCGCCCUGGCGGACCUCACCACCUGCCUGCUGGGUCGCCCGCUCUCCGAGGACGAAGGCCCGGCGGCCAGCCCUUACGGCCAGACUCAGGCCAACCGCCCCCUGCUCUUCCUGCUGCCCCCGCCGGGGCACCCGACGGACAUCACCCACCCCCUGACCUGGAUCGAGCACAUGGCCGCCGAGCAAGAGAAGCCGCUGCAGGUGAUCGCGCUGGGAGCCGAGAUGUGGGACUCGCCCCCGGUGGUGAUCCGGGCCCUGGAACGGGCCAUGCACAAGGGGCACUGGCUGGUCCUGGACAACUGUCACCUGCUGCCCCACUGGCCCCCCGAGCUCCUGGACCGGCUGCACGGCCUGCUGGAGGGUGCGUCCGGUGACGCCCACUCCCCGGCCCCAGUCGUCUUGCACCAGAAGUUCCGCCUCUGGCUCAUCGCCACCAGCACGGCCACGGACGGUCUCCCCGUGGUUCUGGCGCAGCGCUCGGCUCGACGGUUCUGCGAGCGGCCCCUGGAGCUGCAGGGGCUCCUGCUGCGGUCCAUGUCCGAGGUGCAGGAGCUGCCCACGCCUCACCCCGUGCGGCGGACUCUCCCUCUGCUGCUGCUGCAUGGGAUCCUGCUGCACCGCCAGCUCUAUGGGGGCUGGGUGCAGUCCCGGCUGCCGGCCUGGCCCCAGGAGGAACUGUUCAGGGCGUUGGAGCUGCAGGUGCAGCUCCAGAAAAGCCUCCGCAACCCUCAGCAGGCCAUGCAGGCCCUGACAGGCUUGGUUCUGUACGGAGGGGCCGUGGCCGACCCCGGGGACCGGGAGGUUCUGCAGAGCCUGGCGCAGGCCUGCCUGGGGGCGCACGGCAGCCCGCGGGCCCCGCCGCCGCACAGCCCCCAGGGCCUGCUCGCCGCCCUCACCCCGAGCCCAGAGCUGCUGGAAUACGAAGCGGCGGCGGAGAGCCAGACCCGCCUGCGGCUGCUGCCGACCCCACCCGAGCCCGGGGACUGCGGGGUGAGCGCCGGGCCCCAGGACGCGCUGCUGGGCCGCCAGAGCCGCGCCCUGCUGGCCGCCCUGCGCCGGACCCUGGACCCCUGGGGGCCCGAGCCCCGGCGGCGCGGCGGGCCCGGGGAGAGGCUGCCGCGCCGUCUGCGCCGGGGCCUCGUGCGGCUGGAGGAGCUGCGGCAGCUGCUGCUGGGCCGGGGGCCCGAGGAGGGCGGGCCCGAGGCCCGGCCGGAGCCCCGGGGGCCCCUGCAGCGCUUCCUGGAGGCCGAGCUGGCCGAGCUGCGGGCCCUCCUCCCGCACCUGCAGCGGGACCUGCGCUGCCUGCUGGACCAGCUGGCCGGCCGGCCCUGCGCCUCCGCGCACUGCGCCGCGGUGCUGCGGGCGCUGCGGGCCGGCCGCCUGCCCCCGGCCUGGCGGCGCCACACGCCCGCCGGGCCCCAGCCCCCUUGGCACUGGCUGCGGCAGCUGGGGCGCCGGGGGCGCCUGCUGGCGGCUUACCUGGGGCUGGGGGCGGCGGCGGCCCCUCCGCGCUCCUUCCACCUCUCGGCCUUCCUCAACCCGCGGGGGCUGUUCCUGGCGCUGCGCCAGGAGGCGGCCGCCACGGCCGACAGAGAGCCGGCCCUCUCGGAGCUGGAGCUGGAGCUGCAGGUUCUGCCCGCCGACCGGGCCCCCGCGCCCCCGGUGGGCGGCGUCCUGGUGGAGGGGCUGGAGCUGCACCACGCGGCGUGGGACCCGCGGGCCGGGGUGAUGCGGGCGGGGGCCUCGGGCCGGCCCAGCCCCCUGCCCCCGGUGACGGUGCGGCCCGUCGGCCGCCAGACCCCGGCCGCCCCCGCCGCCUCCCCUCAGCGCCCCUACCUCUGCCCCGUCUACCUCGGGGGGCCCCACGGGCGGACCCGGCUGAACAGCUCCCAGGUGCUGCUGCGCCUGCCUCUGCCCACCACCCUGGCCUCCGCCACCUGCACCCAGCGCCGGGUCCACGUGUGCAGCCCCCCCCUGCCCCCCUCAGAUCGAGACCCCUCUGCUACAUAAAUAAAGAUCUAUUCCGUGUACAAAACCCAA